CACAUGACUACAUUGGAAAUGGGCGAACGAACGUAAACAUUCAAGCGAGAUCAAAUCUGUGAGAUUGAAUUAGCUACUGUACGACUGUUUUUGACAUUUUACGUUAAUUUAAAUGUGACAUUUCUGAAAAUAAUACUGUAGAUACACGAUUUCUUAGGGAUAUUCACAAGAAAUGCACGACAGGGAACGAUAUUAUCACGGUGAUUCCAGCGAACAGCAAAAGAUGCUGACGGACGGGGCAAGCAACGAGAGCCUGUUGAGUGAAGAUCUGGUCGACGAUGAAGGGGAGGAUGACGAUGAGUUUGAUGAAAAUGAAGUGGAGACAGAGAGGGAAGAUGAACUCGAAGAAACGAUGAGUAAAUGGACAAAUUACAUUCAUGGCUGGCAGGAUAGAUGGGUUGUGUUGAAAAAUGGAACAUUAUCAUAUUUCAAGUCGAGGCACGAGAUGCAGUCCGGAUGCAGAGGAUCAAUGAGUUUGGCAAGAGCAGUUAUCGAGGUUCAUGAGUUUGAUCAUCUGAGGUUUGAUGUAAGCAUCAACGACAGUGUGUGGUACCUGAGGGUGAAGUCAAGAGACUCCCGACAGAGAUGGAUCGAGUGCUUAGAAUCCCAGAAGGCUAUGGCUGAAGCAGAGAGCACUAGUCUCCAGAGACAUGGCUCAAUGGUCUCUUUACACUCAGGGGCUAGUCUUACAUCGUCAUCAUCAUUCAAGAAGGGUAGAGGGUUAACAGAGAAGCUUGCUGAGAUGGAGACAUUCCGAGACAUCCUUUGCCGUCAGAUUGAUACCAUGCAAAGCUUUUUUGACACUUGUGCGGAAGCUGUCCCAAAAAAGUGGCUGGAGGAAGCAUAUGGAGAUUAUUCUGGUGAUGAUGAUGAGAAUGACAUUGUGACCCCCAGAGCGAAUCACCACCAUCAUCAUCAUACACACACAGAGAAUGGACCAACAAAUCCAAAGGAUAAAGGAGACAAGGCUUCCUUUGUCCCGCAGUACAUGGGUGUAGAUUUUAGAGGAGAGGCAGUCACGUUCAAGGCGACGACGCAAGGUGUGUUGACGACACUCUCUCACUGUAUUGACCUUAUGAAGCAGAGGGAGGAGCAAUGGCAGAAACGAUUAGAAAAGGAGCAAGACAGGAGAAAGAGAGCUGUAGAGGCGUACAAACAGGUCCUUGCAGAACGCAAACACCAAGCCAGGAUAGGGGGCCCUGAUUACGAGGAAGGGCCCCACAGUAUCAUGAAAGAAGAGGAGUUCUUUGAUGCCAUCGAAGCUGCCUUAGACAUCCAUGAUGAACAGGACUCUGAGAGAAACACAGUGAGAGAUAAUCCAGAUACGUUGUAUGCCAGGACGAUAUGUGCAGACAAGCCUCCAGCAGAACACAAACUAUCACAGCAGUGCAAUGAGAAGGUGGAAGAGAAUAUCAAGUACGCGUUUUCAAACAUUGAGAGUACAUGGGAUCUGAUACACCAAGAAGGCGAGAUGAAGGUAUAUAAGAGUGAGCAAGAGAUAGAUGGAGUGGUAUGCGACCCUCUGAAAGCUACCCAUACUAUUAGGAAUGUCACUAGCAAUGAGAUGUGUUUUACCUUCUGGGAUGUCAAUGUUAGGAUGGAAUGGGAUACUACGUUAGAUAUAUCCAAUACACUGGAAGUGCUUUCCCCAGACACAGUCAUCUCACACCAGCUCAUGAAAAGGGUGUGGCCAGCGACCCAACGAGACACAUGCUUCGUCUCCCAUCUCCGUAAACUAGACCUAAGCAUUCAAAACACACAAGAUGUUGGCUCCUGGCUCGUCAUCAACUUCUCCACAGAACAUCCCAAAGCGACAAGCAAAUGCAUAAGAGCUAAGGUCAACGUGAGCAUGCUCUGUCAGACGUUCCUUGAUCCACCUGAUAUACCUAAAGAGAAAGCAACACGAGAAAACCUCGUCUGUAAGAUCUACUAUGUUGCUCAUGCCAAUCCAGGUGGAUGGGUACCUGGAUCUGUACUAAGGACAGUCUACAAGAGAGAGUAUCCCAAGUUCCUAAGAAAGUUUUCCGCCUACGUCCAGGAGAAGUGCAAAGACAAGCCCAUCAGUUGGUAACAUUUUUCAUAAAGAGAGAGAUAAAGAAAGGGAAAAAAUGAUCAGGGGGAGUGUUUCAUAAAAACAUCUUGUUGGUGAUUUUCACUGACGAAUCUGCUCUGAACCAAUCAGAUGUAAGGAUUUCAGUAGCUUAUAACAAUAGUCAAAUAAAGUCACUAAUGUCUGUUGCCUUAAAGACGUUUCCACUUCUUCCUGCAUUUCCCAGAAGAUGGAGAUGGCAUUGUCAGCCAAUCAAGUCACUGUAAAAGGAGAAGUAAGGCCUACUGAUGAUCCCUUUGUAACCUAUUAAAAUCCAACUCUUGCAAACCUUUGUGAACGUAAAGUCUAUGUUCCCUGCCAUUGCAUGUGAUGUGACCUUAUGGGUCACAAAGCGAUGUUGAAAACAAAUGAUGUGGAAAUGUAGUUCCACGGAAUAUGAAUGACCUUUCAUGCAUAUGGCUCCCGAAUUGCAAGUUUUGAGACUGAAGAGUUUUCAUGAAUUACAAGUUUCCUGCACCUAGGCUGAUGUACAAAGCUCAAAAUAUUCAAGUCGUUUUUAUUUUCAACAAGAUAGCCGUACCAUGCCCCAGAAUUUCAUGGUUUUUCCCCCAAGAAUAAUGAUUUGUUCUUCUGAAACUAUUGUUAUGAGAGCUAAAAAAAAAUGAUAUUUUCAUAGUCUCAAGAGAUUGUAUAUCAAUGGCCUUUUUUAUUCUUUUUUUUAAUGUAUGUUUAAGUGUAUAUGUGUGUGGGUGUAGUCCUUGGAAAUACAAAUUUCAUGGAUGUCGGUCUAAUUUGGGAUCUGAUACUGGUAUUCACUUCUCUCAACUGGCGCCCAUAUUAUUUUUAAAGCAGGUAUUGUAACUAUAGGACAUAGUUUUCAUUCUGUCUUGUUCUUGAAAUAAACACCAUGUCCUUAUUACGCCCACAAACCCAAUAUGUAGUCAUAAAAUCAAUGUGAUGUCAUGAUUUGUUCCCACAACUUUCAAUCACUUCUUUAAUAGGCUUGAAGCGUUUGAUAUGCAAUUAUUGGGAAAUAAUUGGUGCGAAUGGUCUGACCAUGUAUGAAUACUGUUAUAAAAUGUUGCUGUGUUUUGUUUUUCGUGUCAUAUGUGAACCAGGCUUUGGUGUCCAUGCGUGUACAGGUCUACGGAAGUAAGCCCUGUUACCAUUCAGAUAAAUUCAGUGCGUUUAUGUAACUCCCAACCAUUUCUAUUCUGGAUGGAUGACUACUACUUUAUAUCAUUCAAAUAUAUGAUUAGAACCUUCAAUUUUUCUCUUAAUGAAAAAAAAAUUUUAAUGGUAGCUCAAGAAUAUAUUUCUCAUUUUCUUUAAAACUUUUGACAGGAUGAGCACAGGUAUUGUCUAUUGAAAUCUGUUGGCUAUGUCAUAAAAACUGAUCAUGAGUAUGCAAUAUGCUUUCAGAAUGACUAGAAUACGAAUAGUGCUUUUAAAAAUAUCAAGGGAUUCAUAAAUAUUUUUGCAAAAUAUUUUCUUUUUAAUUGAAGAUUGUACAUUAAAAAUGUGUUCUGAAAGUAUGAAUGGCUGUCAAGCAUGUGGAUAUUGUUACUUUAUCUGGUGUUGUCUGAAGUGAUGUGGAAGUUCAUUUGGCUUUAAUACUGUAUUCAACCCAUUCUCCAUAGGACACUUUUCUAGACAAUCGUGAUGAAAUAGCCCAGUGAUGGUCUCGCUCAACAUAAUACCUAGGGUUUGAUUAUUUAAUGUUCAACAGGUUAAAUAGAUGAAAGAGCGCUUUAUAUUAUCUCGAUUAAGAUGAGACAUCAUAAAACAAUUUCCACCGAUUUCACAUUAAGGUGUAUAGAAAUCGGGUCAUCAGCCAAAAUACCAAUUGUCUACAUUUAAAGAGGGACAGUCCCUAA